CACAAUUGCUGUUUCUCUCAAUGGGUAAUGAACUACAAGAGAUAAUUAAAGCUGCUAAACUACGACCAAGCUUGACCAACUCGGACUGCUAUCGAAUCUUCGUCGAAAAUAUCAAAUGCUACUUCCGUUCGAUGACAGACACUGCCGCCGAACACGAAGCCUUCUCUAGAAUGAAGCAAGAGAACGGCGAGGCCGCAGUCGCUUUUCAUGCGAGGCUAAUGUGCAAGGUGCGCUCGUGCAACUACAGCACAGAAGACGAAGAUAGAUUCGUACGAGCACAGUUACUAAGUGGAUUAAAAAACCGGGAAUUGGUUAAGCAAGCCCGCACAUACGGAUACGAGACUAAUUUUAUUGUCCAGUCAGCGACGAGAGAUGAGGCAUUUCAAGCCGAGACAAACCGCCCGGACCCUUUCGAAGUCAACAGACUACAUCGUUCCAAGUCGUACGAUCGGAGUAAUCGUAAGCGGCCAAACGCAAACUCUAGAAAUAUGGAGACAUCGAGCAAACGAAUUCGUGGAAAUACACCGACCCAGUGGACAGAAGAACGCCGUUCCAGAUGUGCGCGAUGUUUCCUGUACAGCCAUCGUAACGGGCAAUGUCCGGCGCUAAACCGUAAUUGUAACAAGUGUGGGAAGCGCGGACAUUUUGUUGCAGCAUGUCGCCAGAAACAACUGAACACCAUGCAGUAUGAUCGCAGAGAAAGAUCCAUGGACAGUACAUCAUCGAGAGAACACGAAUACGAGAAUGCCAAGCAGGAAGUUAAUGCACUAUCCUUAGAUGACGCCUUGAUAGACUGCUCUGUCGGAUCUUCCAGUCCUAUAAGCUUUUUAAUAGACUCGGGUGCUGAUGCGAAUAUCAUUGGUGGGAAAGACUGGGAACAGCUUGAACGUGAGACCAGACAAGGCGUAGCAACGAUUGAAAUGAUUGGCCGUAAUUCAAGGAACAAAUUCCACGCAUAUGGAUCACAGGAUCCGAUAGUCAUCGAAUGCAGCUUCAAAGCUAAAAUCAAUACCAUUAAACCAUGUUCAUCGGAAUUGAUCAAACCUGCUAUCUUUCACGUCGUACUUAGAGGGAAAAGAUCCCUCCUUGGACGGUCUACUGCAAGCGACAUGGGACUGCUACUUAUCAGCAACAGCGUGAACAGCUGUGAAAACGAAGGAAUUUUCCCGAUAAUGCCAGGCGUAAAAGUAAAGUUUAGUGUCAACCCGAAUAUUCCACCAACUAAAAACGCCUACUACAAUGUGCCAGCAGCAUACCGUAAAACCCAAAACCGAGGAUGAUAUGUGCGGUUCCGCGUGGCUGCUGCAACUAAGAUUGAAACACGAAAAGAUUCAGGCGCGAAAGAAGAUGCUUCAAACGAAAAGCUGAAUUCAUAAGGCCUCCGGCAGAACUAUUAC